AUGGAGUUGCAGCAGGAAUUGGCGAAGGUUCCCGUCACUUGUCAUAUAUCGAGAAGGGUGCCUGAGCAACCGACUACACACGGCAAAACGAACACCUUACAGCUGGCAUCUUCGUCCAAAGUGUAUCGACCAGCUGCGAUGGAUUGCUUGGUAAGCCACAUCGUGAUUGGCCAGAAGGAGGAAGCUAAGGAGGUAACCCCUGAGCUUUCCCCCAAAUGUUCCCGUCUCUGGUGGAGGCAAGUGCUCCCCAUUGCCAAGCAGGCGUCGGUGACAUUUCAGCGAACAUCCCAGCUCAUCGUCGCUCUUGCACUUCGAUCCAUAAAGAAGGCAUCGCAAUUGUUGCCGACUGCUCUCUUCUGCAUGUCACCUUAUGAAGCUGUUACAUUCACAACGGACGGGCCAAAGAACCGUAGCAUUCGGGCCGCAAUGUUUAGCUCCAGGCUUCCUCCAGUCAUUCCGCUUCGCGACGGCAAGGCUGUCAUCUUUGAUUGGGACAGUUAUCAAGACCAUGCCUACCUCCAGCAGCAGAUCUGCCUCAAAUGGCUGCCUGCAUCGGCGCUUAGAGCGGGGUUUGCGGCUCCCGUUCAGAGCCUGCUGUACAACACAACGAUUCUUGAAUAUUCACAGCUGAUCAAAAUGGACCCCGUGUGCGCUUGCCAACAACUAGAAGUGUUGUACUGGAAGAAAGGCGAUCAAAACUGGAGAUCAACUACAACGACCAUUGAGAAGGGAUCGGCAUCCUUUCUAGCAGACGAGGGAGAUUUCGAUGUCUGCAUCGUGAAUGCUUUUGCGCAGAAAAUACGCGAAUGUUCAGCAUGCCGUGAGAAGUUUGCUGAAGCCUUCAUGAUCCCAGAUCUCUGGUGGAAACGAUACUGCAGAGAUUCCAACGGCUACUUUGGAUGCGAGACAAAGAUUGAUGAGGACGGAAAUACUGCAGGACUGACUACAUGGGCGCGAUUCCCAGUGAAGCUCACGAACGAAGGACAUACAGGAUAUGAAUGGUCAAAAACCAAUGUGAUUACGCAGUGGGUGGCGAAGACUCGUCAAACAGUCCUCAUCGUCUUCGACGCCGUCCAACCAGCGGCGAAUUGUAUGGAGAGAGUCCCGGAAGAUGAAUCCGACCCCAUUUACGCCGUUCCAAACGCGGACUACUUCCUCGACCCCUACUGGAUAUACAUCGGAAUCUUGGAGAAGGUCGUCACUUUGCAAGAUGCCGCUGUAUGGGCUGUUCGUGUUACAGUCAGGACCACAGAGAAGCAAAGGGAUAUAACCCACGGCUCCGACUUGGCCACGUCAAAACCUGCACCGGGCUUUCGUCAUUUACACGAAACGGCACGGCAUGCUAUACACGUUUCCGAAACAUUGGAUUUGGCCGUCAAGGCUGCUAGGAAGAUUCUAGUGCAACACGAGGCAUACAAAUUUGGCCAUGACGAUCAGUCCAGGUCUGCCACCGCAUGGAAACGGGCUUGGAAUCACACGCAUCAGCGGUUGCAGUUCUUCGAAGAGAUGAUCACGAGCCUUCAAGAGCGCUCGGCUUCCAAUAAGGCCCGACAUUUCAACGAGAUCUCGCUCGCAUACAACAUGGUUGCUCAGUCCGACGCCCGGAUUUCUGUAGCCAUCGGUCGCGCGACGCAGAGGGACAGCGAGGCCAUGAAAACCGUGGCUUUUCUCACACUACUUUUCCUGCCGGCGACUUUCGUUUCAGCCGUCUUCAGCACUUCAUUUUUUGACUACGACUCGGCCUCAGACUCGUGGAACGUCUCUGGAAAGUUCUGGGUAUACUGGGUUGUAGCGAUUCCAAUAACCCUCAUAACGGCUCUGUUGUGGUAUUGCCGACAUCAUAUGAGCCCUUCAGGUGGUUUCGAUAUACUUCGACGAGCGGAUUCCCAGAGAGCAUUUGUAUGCAACGAUAUCGAGUUUGGGGAUGGUAAAGCUGAUGCGGGGUUGCGGCAUCAGGCGCAGGCAAAACUCAUACCUGGUGCCGCAGAUAUUGAAUUUCACAGGUUAUCGAAUUCCGUUAGCAUCUUCCAACAAUGUGCAAUUUCCACCACAGGCGUUUAUCCGAUUGGACACUUUUUGGCCAUGCAGCAGGGACCUUGUGAUCGAAAUGCUACUGGACGCUGCGAGGAGCUGAAAACUGCUGCGGCGACACGGGCUGUUUGCCUUCCGCAAAGCCUUCAUCUUCUUCAAUUUCUCUGGCCUAGCUUGAACUCAAUUUGCAACUACCCUCACUGCGAUUUCGGUCACAUCGCAUUCAUCAUACCGGGAAGACGACAUCGGCCGAAACCCCUCGAAUCCCGGAGCCUGAUCAAAAUGUUCAGCGAUCACGCUCACCAUCAACAAAGAACUACCGGUUGGCAGCCCACGAGCGCUCCUAGAUAUGCCACAGAGAAACGGGAACGGAGCGUCAGUAGUGAAGAAGAGAGUUGUGACGGGCUUACAAAGCGGGCAAGAACAACGGGAUCGCUUCGCAUGCCGAACAGCGCGGGGCAGACCUUGGUCAAACUAUCACAUGAGGCAUACACCGUGGGCUGGGUUUGUGCGCUUCCUCUUGAGAUGGCUGCAGCACAAGCAAUGCUUGAUUACACACAUGAACCCCUCGACAUGAACUCGAACGACAGCAAUGUCUAUACAUUUGGCGGAAUCGGCCCUCAUAACAUCGUCAUUGCAUGCUUGCCUUCGGGGCAGUAUGGCACAAACAGUGCGGCGGUAGUGGCGAACAACAUGCUGUGGAGCUUCCCUUCCAUAAACAUUGGUUUGAUGGUUGGGAUAGGCGGCGGUGUUCCCGGAAAGGUUGACAUACGGCUUGGUGAUGUUGUGGUCAGCAAUCCGACAGGAGAUUCCUCGGGGGUCGUACAAUAUGAUUUCGGCAAGGCUGUAAACGAGGGUCGCUUCGAACGCAUUGGGAGUCUAAAUAAACCUCCCCAAUCAGUCCUUGCGGCUGUCUCUAAACUACGAGCCAACCACGAAGGCCGAAAAAGUCAAAUCCCGGCGAUUUUGGUCGACAUGGAAACCCGCAACCCUGAAAUGAGAGAGUUCUCGUAUCGAAACGUGGACGAAGACCGACUGUUUGAAGCAUCAUAUGAACAUUCCGGGGAAACUUGCGACAAUUGCGAUAGGUCGAAGCUUAUAUCACGCGGUCUACGGCCAACGCGCAACCCGAGUAUCCAUUACGGAAUCAUUGCCUCUGGGAAUCAGGUUAUGAAAAAUGCGAAAACGAGGGACCGAUUGGCGAAAGAACUUGGAUCGAUAUGCUUUGAGAUGGAAGCUGCAGGGCUGAUGGACAAUUUUCCAUGCCUUGUCAUUCGCGGCAUCUGUGAUUAUUCGGAUUCCCACAAAGCAAAGCGAUGGCAGAAAUAUGCCGCUGCUACCGCCGCAGCAUACGCAAAGGAGCUUCUUCUCAUCACGCCACCUCAAAGAAACUCCACUGCUCGAAUGCGGCCUGAAGUUCAGAUUGUUGCAACACCAUCGUCAGAUCGCAAGAGGCUUCUGGACUCACUCAAGUUUGAUCAGAUUGACAAGCGGCACGCCAAUAUCAAGGACAACCAUGCCAAAACCUGCGAGUGGCUUCUCGAACAUCCUGACUAUACCACCUGGAUAGACCGUAAGAUGUACUCUCAGCAUCACGGCUUUCUCUGGAUCAGGGGGAAACCGGGGGCAGGAAAGUCAACGAUCAUGAAAUUCGCCUUCACCCGAGCGAGGAGAAGAGCCGCAUCGAUCGGACCUUCCAUUUCAUUCUUUUUUAACGCCAGAGGCGAAGGGCUCGAGAAGUCGACGCUGGGAAUGUAUCGGUCACUCUCACAUCAGCUUUUGGAGAAAAUGCCCGAUCUACAGGUUUUGCUCGACACGAACGACGGACCCCAAGAAAUCGCACAGUGGGAUUUAGAAAAGACCAAGACUCUCUUCCGCAGCGCCGUCCGGAAACUCGGACAACGGCAACUUACUUGUUUCAUUGACGCCCUCGACGAGUGCGCCGAGGAGGAAGUUCGAGACAUGGUCAAGGUCUUUGAAGACCUAGGACAAUAUGCGGUUCAGCGCGACAUCCGAUUCUAUGUUUGCCUUUCUAGUCGACAUUACCCAUACAUCGAUAUCCAAUACGGCCAAAAGCUCAUCCUAGAAGACCAAACUGGUCAUGAGAAGGACCUCGCAGAGUAUGUUCACACGAGUCUUAAGGCUGGUCGCGGAUCCAGGAGCGAGGAAGUCAUAGCCGAGAUCCUUCGGAAAGCCUCUGGUGUCUUCAUGUGGAUCGUUCUCGUUAUCGACAUACUGAACAGAGAGUAUGAACGGGGUCGCGUGUUUAAAAUCAAGAGCCGCUUAGAGGAGAUCCCGUCCAAAUUAAGUGAGCUCUUCCAAAACAUGUUAACCAGAGACAAAGAGAAUCUCGACGAUUUGCUUCUAUGUAUUCAAUGGAUUCUCUACGGUACACGACCUCUAAAACGCGAAGAAUACUAUUUCGCCUUGGCCUCCGGCUUGGAGCCCGACACGCUGGGAGAGUGGGAUCCCAAUGAGAUCCCGUUUGAAUUCAUGGAUCGUCUGAUUGUCAGUUCGUCUAAGGGACUGGCUGAAACAACGAGGUCCGAUGAUAAGACUGUUCAAUUCAUUCACGAGUCGGUACGUGACUUUCUUAUCAAGGACAAUGGGUUGCGUACUCUCUGGCCAGAGAUGAGCACUGAUUUCGAGGCCCAAAGCCAUAAUCGAUUACGGAACUGCUGCCAUGAAUACUCGACUCAAGUCAACAUUUCUACAUACUUGGACGAUGAAGACUUUUUGUUCCGUACAUCCCAAAAGGAAUCUAUCGAUUUCCAAGCCGUAAUCGACCGUGGCUUCCCCUUCCUAAAGUAUGCAACCAGCCAAGUACUCUACCACGCAAAUGCCGCUGCCCAGACCGUCCCCCAGACCGAGUUUCUCCAACACUUUCCCUUAAAACAAUGGAUCCAGAGAAGCAACAUUUUUGAAAAACACAAAGCUAGAAGGCAGAAGCAUGAUGCUACAAACCUCUUAUAUAUCGUUACGGAGAGGGGCUUAGCGAAACUGGUUGAGACAGCGCUCCACCAUGACCCGGAUGCUGGAGGACGUGGAGGCCGUUAUGGGUACCCCCUCCUUGCGGCUUUAAAAGAAGGUCACAACGACGUCGCAAGACUGUUGCUGCAACAUAUUGCAAGCUCCAUAAGAGAACUUGGGUCUACAUCGUACACCACCCCGGACACCGAGACGAGCAGCCAAGUCCACCCUAGCAUUAACUGCACAGACAAAGAAGGACGUACACCCCUCUACUUUGCUGCAGAAAGAGGGCAAAUCGACAUCGCCAGAAUGCUAUUCGAUUUGGGCGCGCAACCUGACCUUAUACCAAAACACCUACCUUAUAGCCCUCUGGUUCGCGCUGCCUUGAAGGGGCAAGAAACACUCGUGAGGCUGAUUCUUAACCGGCGGUCGAUGUUGCAAGCAAGUGGCACGGCCCAUCCGAUUCUACCAUCAUCACCAUCGAUAAAAAAAUACAGAGAUGUCGAAGCAGCCUUCGAAAUGGCUGUAACAAACGGGAUCAUAGGCGUUGGGCGAGUUUUCCUUGAGAAUGGCGCCAACGCCGACGACAAACUUUCCGGCUCUACACCUCUAGAGAUAGCAAUCCGCAGAAACCAUGGACUUUUCGUCGAACUCCUUCUCGAUAAUGGAGCAAAUGUCAAUGGUACUCCAAACGGAAUGGUGCCAAAGCCAAAGCCAAUCCAUUUGGCAGUCAAUGGCGGAAUGAAAAACGAAGCGAUCAUUCGACUAUUAAUUCAGAGAGGGUGUGAUUUGGAAGCUCGAGACGCAUCUGGGAAGACACCUAUCCACACCGCUUGCGAUUGGAAUGGUAAACCAGAAAUGGUAGCGCUUCUACUUGCAGAAGGUGCGAAUGUUUAUGCGCAAAACGACGCGGGGAAUACUCCGUUGUUCACUGCUGUAUCAUGGGGCCAAGUUGACACCGUGAAACUACUGUUGAGCCACAGCAUUCCCACACACCACAGUACCAAUGCUGGAUCCAUGUCCUCUCAUAAAGCGUCACAACAACAAUCCGAUGGUGGGCCUUCAUAUUUGAGGCACAUGGUGAACAAGCUCGGACAGACCGCUCUCUUCGUGGCCUACGGUAAAGUUCUGGGGGACCUCUUAAAUGCAGAUCUGGAUCCAACUCAUCAAGAUAAUCUGGGCCAAAACUUUCUUCAUAAGGCAUGUAAGAGAUCCGAUGUCAGCUCUGAAUAUCUUGACGAUGUGCAGGAGGCCAUUGAGAGGGGUCUUGAAAUUGACGGCCGGGACUACGAGGGACGAACCCCCCUUAUGAAUGCUGCUGCUGAGGGAUUGAAUCCUCCAUUCGUCAAGUUUCUACUUCGACAUGGGGCUAACCCCAACGCAAGGGACAACCAAGGACACACGCCCUUAUCUGAGAUCAUUCUUCAUGUAGAUUCAACGCAGGGGUUUUAUCUGACGUGUGAGGAGAGUAUCUCGAAACAGAGAUUAGCUGCACUUCAGUCUCUUCUCGAUGGAGGUGCUGAUGUCACAGCACCAGGCCCAGAAGGUGAAAGUUUACUGGACAUGGCUGCUCGGCAGGGUGAAGGAUUGACAUGCUUGUAUGACGUCCAGCGCGACUCCGGAUUUCCUUCAGGCUCUGAUGGUGGUAUUUCUUGUGUCUUGGGUUGGGCACGCAGUCUUUUCUACGUCUCUGCGAGCCAUUCGCGGCUCUCAUCUGAGUGCUCAAAAGACGUCGCAAGACCGACGUCUCACCCUCCCCGGAGGAUUGCGCCGGCUUCGGCCGGCCAAAAUUACCCCGCCAUCACCGUCCCGCGGCGAAGUCCCCCGUCAACCCCGCCAAAGUGGGCCAGGCGCUUUCUAUCGGCAGACUCGAGCUCAGGAUACACUCGCAUCCCAAGACUUUGUAAUCAGCAAGUGUUUAUGGAAUCAUCUCUAGCUGCAGGACAAAAACAUCACACGAACCAAGUACAGAUCUCAAUCAUGAAUUACAAACGCCGGACUCGCCAACGAAUACAAGGCGACGAGGCGAAACUAACUUUCCCCGGACCCAAUCCAAAUCCCACGCAUGAUGCAAUCAACUUAGAUCCAUCAUCCGCGCCCUUCCAUUUUCUGCGCGCCCUAUCUGUACAUGCCCGCUAUCAAAACCCCACCAACCCGCCGGUGACGAAGGAUCCACUUCCCAUCUCCGACCCCGCGCCGAUUUCCAUCUUCCUCCCUCAAUAUCGCCCUCCCAAAUCACCACCCACCUUAUACAUCACCACCACGACCAACACCACCAAAAUGUCCGACCAAAUCGAAAAAGUCCUCACAACCGCCGCCCCAGCGCCCCUCCCCCAAUUCUCCCAAGCCGUGAAAUACAACGGCAUGGUUUACUGCUCCGGCAACAUCGGCAUCCUCCCCGACAAGCCAGGCAUGGUCCAGGCCGAGGGCACAGUCAAAGACCGCACCCGCCAGGCCCUCAAGAACCUCACCGCCGUCCUCGAGGCGUCCGGCAGCUCCCUCCGCAACGUCGUCAAGGUCAACGUCUACAUUACGCAGAUGUCCGAUUUCGCCACCAUGAACGAGGCGUAUGACGAGUUCUUCACGUUUGAUCCCAAGCCUAACGGACUUUGCUCGUCGUUCCUGGCAGGUCGCGGCGAUCAAGGAAAUGAGAGAAUGCGUGCUGAUACUAUAAAUGAAAAGGCCCGCACGUGUGUUGCAGUAUACCAGCUGCCACUGGGCACCGAUGUCGAGAUUGAGUGCACGGCUUUCCUGAACAAGCCCUCUCAGAAGCUGUAG